AUGGAAGUUCGGGAUCAGCUUCGUGCUCAUAGGUACAGUAUGCAUAAGCAUUCUCGUCGUCAACCAGUUGCAAGGAACUGGAGCACGUCGAAGAAACGUAUCGUCGCCACCAUUGCAUGCAUCAACACUUCUCUUUUGGGGAUCAUUGUUGGUAUAUACGCUGGAGAAGUUCCCCGAAUACAGUACCAGUUGGCGGAUGAAACUCGAACAGUGAUCCUCGGAAAUGUGUGUCUCUAUCUUGGACUUGCAGUGUCUACUGCCAUUGUCUGGCCACUGCCUCUCCUUCAUGGCCGUAAACCAUACAUUCUCGGAUCGUUGGCGAUCGCCCUACCUUUACAAUUUCCGCAGGCCGUUGUCGUGGGAAAUCCGAGAUCUCCAAACAAGCACAUCUUCAAAACUGGUCUACUUCUCUCGCGUGCAAUUUCUGGCCUUGUCCUCGGCUUCGCAAACGUCAAUUUUAUCACUACGCUAUUCGACCUUUUUGGUGUAUCGCUCCAAAGCAAUAAGCCCCAUCAAGAAAUUGUCGUUGUCAACGAUGUGCGGCGGCAUGGAGGCGGAAUGGGUAUGUGGCUCGGUCUUUGGUCAUGGUGCUCUAUUGGGUCUAUUGCGAUAGGGUUUCAGAUCGGUGCCGCCAUUAUCGAAAGUCUUGACCCUGAUUGGGGUUUCUAUAUCGUCAUCAUCUUUAUGGCGGCCGUCCUAGUCUUGAAUGUACUCGCUCCGGAGACUAGACGGUCGCAGUAUAGAAGAUCGGUUACGGAGGUAUACAAUCGAGAUGAAAAUUUCAUCACACGGCGAAUAUCGCAAGGGGAAGUCAAACUCCAUAUCUCCACACAAGGCCCAAAGUACUGGUUCGAAGAAGUCUGGGCCGGUAUCAAACUUUCGAUAAUGAUGAUGUGUCAAUGGGGCUUCGCUUUCCUGGCACUCUACUUGGGUUGGAUAUACGCACAGAUCGUGCUGGUAAUCGUGCUGCUCGGAGCUUUGCUCUCUCGCGAUUAUCGUUGGCAUCCUGACUAUGUCGGCCUCGGGGUAAUGAGCGUAGCCAUAGGUGCUCUUCUCGCCGUUCCUCUCACGAAAGCCGGCAUCUUUAGUCGCGACCGAAAAAGAGGACCACGGACCGACAGCAUGACCCUAGAGCGUGAAAUUGUCUGGACUUCCCAUUUUGCCCGCCGCAUCUUAUUCAUGCUGGCCCUACCGGCCGCCAGCAUUGCCUACACUGUUUCUUCCGCCGGGCGACGAUACCCCUAUAUGGUGCCCAUCGUCUGUGCCGGCGUCAUCGCCUUCUUUUCCGUUCUCGCCAUUGCAGAAUGCCACGGCUUGAUCAUGGAAGCAUACGACGUCUGCGACCUACAGCCCGGCGUCAAUACCCGCCAUCGGCUCCAGAGCAUGGCCGUCGAGGACCGCAGACGCCGCACAAACUACUCUAGUUUCCCCCGUGUCUCAGCUGGUAUCUUUCUGAGCCAGACCAUUGGCUUUCUCCUGGCAGCCGUUGCUAACGCCGUCGGCGGCAUACUCACGCGUCGUAUCGGUGCGCAAGCCUCGAUAGGCGUUACGGGGGGCAUUCUUCUCUUCCUUACGAUUGCGCUCACGGCCGCCCUCUGGCGCUUCAAGGCUGUGCAGGUUAUUCCGAAUGGCGCGUUCGGAACACGCCGCCCUACUGCUGUGCCGGAGUUUGGUACUGAGGUCAAGGGGCUUGGGGCCGAUGACUGGAAGCCGGUUGUCAUUGGGAAUCCGAGUGGAAAGACCAGACGGAUGAGUAUUUUGGAAUUGGGGACGCUGAGCAGGUGGACAGAGGUUAGAAAGCUGAACAAGUUGAUCCCAGACCCACCUAAGAAGCGGAAGAGGGUCAUCACGUAGGUCUGGUUGCAGCUGGAGGACUUUGGGGCGGGUCGGCCCUACGUGUAGUCGAUUCUUUCCCUAGACGGACGUAUUGUUCUUUUUUUGCGAGUUUGAGGUGAUAUUGGUUCUCUCGCGACGUGCUUAGUUGGCUUUGAUUGGAUAAGAGGACGUGCCAAGGGUGGUUCUGGCUACAUAUCUACCACGGACACAGCCCUCUUCGCCAACGCCAACGCCGACACACCUUCAGUUCCUCGCAUCUGUUUGCAGUCCAGCAACACCCACUCCCCACCUUCACGCAACAACUCCGCCCUCAAAAUGCGUUGGGCCACUUGGAUACUCAUUAGAAUCAUAGUUUAUGAGACAUUGGUAACUUCGUGUUUUAGGUUCCCCAUGUGACCCUAG